GGUCCGAGCAGGUAGAAACGUCGGAUUACGUUGUGUGUUUUUUUACCUGGACGUCUUGGAGACAGUGGCCGGAAUGACCGUUACGUUCUCACCUGUCCGGUGGGGUACAUCAAAGGGAAGCCGGCGUCACAGGUAGCUGGGAAGCAGAUUUAGAAUAGAAGACAACAAAACGAGAAGACAUGGUGGUCGGAAAGUUGACGUCUUUCCUGGUCGGCCUGUUGGUGGGCGUGACCAUCUCUGUAACACUCCUCGUCAUUGGUUCUCCACAUCUUCUCUCCACCAUCGCUCAUUACAACAACAGUCUCAGAGAACCAAACAGCCAACCUACUGUCAACAACAACAACAACAAAGGCCCACCCGUCACACAGCCGAGAACUCUGGCAAAGGACUCGUUCUUAGAAGACCGGUCCUUGCAGAAAGACGCCACAGACGCGCCGCAGAACAGGUACCAGGGGGACGCUCCCAUCCAAGUCAGCGACAUCCCCAACUUCGUGUCCCAGGAGCUGAGCCUGAGGAGGACGGUGUUUGUGGGAGUCCUGACGUCGUGGAGCGGUCCGUCAAGCACUCAGCAGCUGAGCGUUAUGAAGACGUGGGGAGGGGAGGUGGGGAAGGGGGCCAUGGCGUUUUAUGCAGGGAUGGAGGAGAGCGUGGAAGAGGACGAGAGCGUACCUAUUCAAAGGGUCACCGGUGACACGCUGGGACAGAAGCUGUACGCCGCCUUGCGACACAUGUGUUAUGUGCACCUGGACAGGUUCAAGUUCUUCCUGCUGACCCUGGACAACACUUACGUCAGCGUGCACAACCUGACGUCACUGCUGAACGGGCUGCAGAGUUCAGAGGUUAUCUACAUGGGCUCCAGCAAACGUGGUCCCCGUGACGGUAGCCCUGUGCAGUACUGUGAGCUCGGUUCCGGUGUUGUGUUGAGCAGGAAGGCGAUGCAGGGACUGUGCACCCAUGUGGCCAGCUGCGCGAAACUGCCGGCCGAUCUGGACCCAGCCUACAGCCUGGCCCUGUGCCUUCAGAGGACCAGGGCCACCAACUGUACUACAAGUGGAGAGUCCAAGACUUUAUUCCACAAACUCGGGGUCUCGGAAGACCUGGAUGGCGACCUGGACCAGAAGAAGUUUGUAGCGUCCUCCGUCACCCUCCACCCCGUGGGUCGGCUGGAGACGAUGUUCAGACUCCACCAGAGCUACAUCAGCAGGAGGAUACAGGACAAGUUACAAAACCACAGAGACUUGGAGGACAGAGUUCACCACCUGAACAGGCUGAUCGCUACAACAGGGCCCCACGGUGACGUCAGGCUGUUGCUAGGCGACCAGGAAAAGUCGGAGUCGUCUGAUGUCGUCCCUUGGCAACUGAUAUAUGAAGACAGCGAAGAAGAUUUUGAGGACAUUUUACAAAGUCUUGGCGAUGUUGUACAUCUUUCUGUGGAAGCCCUAAGGGUUGAAUCUAUGAUAGAACCUAAACUGAAAGUUGUAUUUCAGAGAUACCAUCCUGUUAAGGGGAUAGAGUAUAGAUUAGAGUAUGAGUCAUCAGACGGCGGAGACUUGGCAGCGUCACACGUUGUGGACGUACAGAGGCCGCACGGAAAUCUCUUUACUGUAUCAUCAACAGUAGGCCACAGGGAACGGGUAAACUUCAUCGUGCCGGUGCUAGAAAACUCGCAACAUCUCGAAGAGUUUUUGCAAAUGUUCGAACGCUCUUGCCUGUCCGUCAGUGAUGCGAGCGAAGUCGCCCUGAUCCUGAUCAAUUUUGUUGGGACAAAGAAGGGCACCAGGCUACAUCAGUUACUCUCUCCUUACGAGAAAAAGUACGCGGAUUUCAGCUUCAGAGUGGUUGACGUAAAAUCAGAAGCGUUUUCGUACGCACGGGGGAUAGAGCUCGGUGUACAGGCGGUUUCGGACCCGAACUCUUUACUCUGUGGUUUAGACAUGCACUCUACAAUAAGUCCUGACUUCAUCAACAAAUGUAGACUCAACACCCAACAAGGGACCCAAGCCUACUUCCCCAUUCCAUAUCAACAGUUUGACUUGUCUGCGACCAAAGCAUCGUCUUUAGCAGAGGUGGACAUCGCCCCCGGUUUGGGUUUCUGGUGGGAGAAAAACUAUGACACUUUCUGUGUCUAUAAAUCCGACGUGCCAAAAUUUGACGAUCUUCAACAAUCCAGUGGCAAAAAUCUAAGUGUCAUGUUGGCAGUACGAAAGUCUUUCAGGGUUUUCCGCUUGCCAGAUCAAGGAUUGUUGCUGCCGCAUAGGGAUCGUCACUGCAGUUCAAAAUUCAUGACUUUCGACGAAACCGACAUCUGUUUACAAAAGCAAAAGGAAAUCUUAUCGAUGCAGAGACACUUCAGCAAUUUGACGGGGAGAUGACAUUGUAAUAUAUGAAUA